AUGGUGAUCCAGCCAUAUGCUCGUUGCAUUGAGUCAUGUGCGCAGUAUUAUGGAAAUAGGAAAUGUUACAUGGACUGUAGAAGACAACAUUAUGAUGGAGGACAAUGUGAUUAUACUAUUAAAGGUCAUCCAGUACCACAAUGUUGCUGCUACAAUUAUUCAAAAUGA